CAGAAGUUAUCGCUCCCAUUCACUUAAACACAAGGUUUCCGAAAGGUUUCUAUCACAACAGUGUGCGGCGCUAAUUCGAAUUCUUCCCUUUUCACUCUCUUGUAUUUGAUUCUGUGUCCAAUCUCAAUCGACUUAUUUUUUAGUACAAUUCGUAAUGUGGGCCCAGAGAUUCGCAGGAAACAUUUUGCGGUCGCGGGUAGCUAGCAGUGGCGUCUCGCUCUUUGCGCGCGCACCAACUAGCAAGAUCGCAACAUCAGCAUCAGCCGUCGUGCCAGCAAUGAGGCUCUCACUCAACACCUCACAGCCGAUUCAGAUUCGCGGACUACAUAACUUGCAGCCGCGCCGGCGGAAGUACAAGAAGGCGCAGAAGGGUCGCGUGCCUGUGCGUACCGGUGGAAGCACCAAGGGAAACUACAUGGCGUUCGGAGACUAUGGCCUGCGUGUCAAGCUAGGUCUACGUUUGUCAGCCAAAACGAUCUCUGCGAUUCACGCGACGCUGAAGCGCAAGCUGAAGGCGAUCAAGGAUUUGAAGAUCUGGCUGCGUGUGUUCCCUGAUAUUCCCGUCACCACUAAGGGUACGGAGGUUCGAAUGGGUAAGGGAAAGGGUGCGUUUGAUUACUGGGCUUGCCGACAAGAUUAUUUUGAGCUCAAGGGCCCUGGUCUGAACAAUGAGUUAGCGAAGGAUGCGCUGCGCCAGGCUGGGUUCAAGCUCGGUGUGCCGACAGAGUUUGUCAUUAAGAACGAGGCCACCAAGCAGCCGAAGAAGGCCAAUAUGCCGCCGACAACGAUUCCGUUCCAGCAGGCCAAGUGAACAAAAAAUGAGAGGAUCAUGGAACGUGAUGCGCUUAUACACGAAUCCGUUUCAAAGACAAACAAAAAUAUAUAUGAAUUACUUUUCUCUU